UCUGUGUAUAACAAACUAUAAACACAGCUCACGUUUCUCAUUCUUCUUCAUCAAAUUUCCUAUUCCGUUUUCUCUCUGAAACAAAAACAUGAAGUUCUCAGAUAUGAAACUGCAUGCAACAAAUGCUGUGAGAGCUUACUUCAUAAGGAAUUGGACAAGAGAAGACCUGAUGAAUUCUGGAGAAAUUCCCGAGCACGCUCACACAAGCUUGAAGACGGUGUAUCUUACUCUCUUUUGUACCAUGUGGAGCUUUACUUUUGGAUCCUUCUUGCACUUGAUCUGGGAAGUGGGAGGGCGGUUCACAGUCCUCUCUUCUGUAGCAAGUUUUCUCUGUCUUUACUUUACAUCACCAUUGAGAGUGAGGACGAGGGUUUCACUCUUGAUCUAUGCAGCCUGUACCUUGGGUGCUUCUUUUGACCUUUUUACCAAAUAUCUCUUUGAUAUGAAUCUAAUCCUUGUUGUCAGCCUUUUGGCAGGUCCAACACUUGCCAUUGGAACUGUCUGGCUUGAAUCUUUGUUAACGAGGGAAAGGAGUGACAUCUACAUGGGCUGCCUGACUUAUUCUUGGGCUCUAAUGUUCACCACCUUUGUUGCUAGUACUUCAGAUUUCCUUGACAGCCACGCUGCUCAUUGGAUGUUAAAGGUAUGCAUUGUGCUUCCAUUGUUCUUGGGGUACCUUGUGGCAUAUAGCCAAGAGAUCGUGUAUGAUGCUCACUUUGGAGAAAUUAACUUUGUCAAUCGCACUCUCACCAUCUUCUUCCAUUUACCGGGUAUAGUGGUCCAUGCUGCAAGACUAUGCCUGGGUGCAGAAAUUGAGCAACACAGACAGAAUUAAUGCUGAUACACUUGGAACUAUAAAAUAAACAGAGAGUAGAAUACAGAUGGGGAACUGUAAAUGAUGAAAGUAUUCCUUUGUGGCUACAUUUUACUCAUUGAAUUUGAAAUUUGUUAGUCUGAAGCCAAGUGCUUUGAAUAUUUCUUGGCAAAUAAUUUCCAUAAGGUGGGAGGUUCCACCCUCCUUCUAGCUAGAAAUCCGGUUUUCUA